AAUUGGUCAAGAAUCAUGAUUGUGGAGAGAGAGAGAGAAAAAAAAUAUCCAUUUUGGUUCGCUUUGUGAAUUCGAAAAUAGAAUUUGUUUUGAAAUUUAGCAGUUGCCCUUUUCUGUUUGGUCUAUUUGGACUUUUAAAAGUUCUAGUGCAAGUGCCCAGCAUCUCCAGAAUCUUUUGACUCUCUCCCGCAUCCCCUCACUUUGACUCUAUCCCUGGGUCCUAGACGAGUGGAUGCAGAUGUGAUCUCAGUCUGAAACGGGAAACCGAGCGCGCCUCAUAUUAUAAAUCAAAGAGGAGAGAGAGAGAGAAAUUGGCGGCGUUAAAAAACGCCGCCGGAAUUUUUCAUGUUUUUCAUUGUAAAUUAUUUUUUAUCAACACAAAUGUUGACUGAUAAUUUAAUUGUCACGUUAUAAUUUUGAUGUGGUAUUUAUUAAUGAUAAUAAUUUAAGAAACUUAUCGAGAGAGGUGCAUCGAAAAUUAAACGAGUGUGUUUUCGUUUUUUAAUUUUUAACCGGCAUCACCAUGCGGUGGUGUAUGGUUCUUUUUUUACCAUUUCUAUUUAAUCAUGUGCAUUCGGAAAUUCUUACGCCACCUUACUUCAAUUUAGCAGAGGGGAAAGAAAUUACCGCAUCUGCAACAUGCGGUGUCGAUUCAACUGGUCCUGAACUUUAUUGUAAAUUAGUCGGUGCGAAUGCUGAUCAGAAGGAAGAUAUUAAUCUCAUUCAAGGACAGGUUUGCGAUUACUGUGAUCCAAAUGACCCGGAGAAAAGUCAUCCACCAGAACAUGCGGUCGAUGGUAUGGAAACAUGGUGGCAAUCUCCACCCUUAUCCAGGGGGAUGAAGUACAACGAGGUCAAUUUGACCAUCAAUUUGGGACAGGAAUUUCACGUGGCCUAUGUCUAUGUGCGAAUGGCGAAUUCCCCCCGACCUGGCGUUUGGGUUUUGGAAAAAUCGAAAGAUUAUGGAGAAACAUGGUCACCUUGGCAAUAUUUUUCCGAUUCUGAGAGCGAUUGCUUGACUUAUUUUGGAGUUGACAGUCACACUCCGAUCACUAGGGACGACAGUGUAAUAUGUACGACUGAAUAUUCAAAAAUUGUUCCACUCGAGGGAGGAGAGAUUCCAAUUUCAAUUUUAAACAAUAGACCCUCGGCGAAGCAUUAUUUCAAUUCGACGUUACUCCAAGAAUGGACGAGAGCAACAAACGUGCGUUUUCGUUUUCUCCGCACGAAGAAUUUACUCGGACAUUUAAUGUCUGUUGCCAGACAAGAUCCAACUGUCACUCGAAGGUAUUUUUAUUCGAUUAAAGACAUCAGUAUUGGAGGAAGAUGUAUGUGUAAUGGUCAUGCAGAUACUUGCGAUAUUUUAGAUCCUAAUAUGCCCAAGAAAUUGGUGUGCAGAUGCCAGCACAACACUUGCGGAACACAAUGUGCAGAAUGUUGCAAAGGCUUCGAACAGAAGAAAUGGAGAAUAUCCACUGGACUCUCGAAAUUCACCUGUGAACCUUGCAAUUGCUUUGGUCACACGAACGAGUGCGAGUACGAUCCGGAAAUUGAUGAAAAACAUUUGUCAUUGGACAUUCAUGGCAAUUAUGAAGGUGGUGGUGUUUGUCAAAAUUGUAGACACAAUACGGAAGGUAUUAAUUGUAAUCGUUGCAAAAAGAAAUUCUUCAGACCUGAGAGAAAACAUUGGAAUGACACCGACGUAUGUCAACCCUGUGACUGUAAUCAUUUCUUCUCGACUGGAAAUUGUGCCGAAUCUACUGGAAAAUGUGAAUGUCGACCUGAAUAUCAAGCACCGAAUUGUGAUGCCUGCAGUUAUGGUUACUUUGGAUAUCCAAAUUGUCGUCCCUGCGAGUGUCAUCUCAAUGGAACGGAUGGUUAUCAUUGCGAAGCUAUUCAAGGUUCCUGUCCUUGCAAACCGAAUUAUGCGGGUCAUUAUUGUAAUCUUUGUGCUGAGGGUUACUUCAAUUUCCCUGAGUGUUUAGCUUGUAAUUGUAAUUCUCUGGGAUCUUUGAACGAUGUUUGCGAUGUCUUGUCUGGAAAUUGUACUUGCAAAAAUAAUUACGGUGGAAGAACUUGUGAUAUUUGCGAAGACGGUUACUACGAUUAUCCUGACUGUACCUAUUGUAACUGUGAUAGUCGGGGAACUGAACCUGGAGUUUGUGAUAAAACCGAUGGCCACUGCUUGUGUAAAGAAGGAUAUGGAGGAGAGAGGUGUGAUCGUUGCAUCGACGGCUACUUUGGAUAUCCAAAUUGCAAACCUUGCAAUUGUAGCGCCAUCGGUUCAUCGUUUAUUGGAUGUGAUAUCAGUGGAAAAUGUUCGUGUCUCGCGAAUUUCGCUGGCAAAACUUGCGAUCAAUGCAGUCCUGGAUAUUACAAAUUCCCAGAUUGUAUAAAUUGCGAUUGCGACAGUCACGGUUCCAUUGGAGUGUCUUGCGAUUUAGAGGGAAAAUGUCAGUGUAAAGAAAACUUUGACGGUCCACAAUGUAAUCAGUGUAAGGAAGGAUUCUACAAUUUUCCACGAUGCGAGGGUUGUAAUUGCGAUCCCGCUGGUGUUGUUGAAACUUUCAAGGGUUGUGGUUCACUUCCAGUCGGCGAACUCUGCCAAUGUAAGAAGCGUGUCGAGGGGCGAAUUUGCAAUCAGUGUAAACCACUCUUCUGGAAUUUGCAGGCCAACAAUCCCGAAGGGUGCGAAGAAUGUCAGUGCAAUAUUCCUGGAGUUAUUGGAAGCAUUGGUGAAUGUGAUUCAAAGACUGGUCAGUGCAUUUGUAAACCGGCAGUUACCGAGAGGAGUUGCUCCCGAUGUAUCGAUGGAUCGUACAAUUUACAAGAAGACAACGUUUUCGGAUGUUCCGACUGUGCCUGCGAUGUGGGCGGUUCGAUCAGUCCUCUCUGUGACAAAGUUACCGGCCAGUGUCCUUGUCAAGCUCGAGUAACAGGACAAACGUGCAAGGAACCACUGAAAGCCCACUACUUCCCAACACUCCAUCAAUUCCAAUAUGAAGCCGAAGAUGGAAUAACACCCUCAAAUAAUCCCGUUCGUUACGGAUUUUCCGACGAAGUAUUUCCCGGUUACAGUUGGAAAGGUUACGCCGUAUUCGGUCUCAUUCAAGACGAAAUCAUCCACUUUAUCAACGUUCACAAAUCAUCAUUAUACCGAAUGGUGCUUCGCUACAUCAAUCCAAAUAAUGAACCAAUUCUCGGUACCAUCACCAUCACUCCGGACAAUCCAUCAGAAGUUGAGCAACAAUUCAUGGUUCAUUUGAAACCAACAACGAAUCCAUCAUUCGUGACAGUUGCCGGCGCACAGGGUAUAAUUCCAUCAUCGAUGGUCAUGGAUCCUGGACACUGGACCAUUAGAAUCGCAACCAAAAAGAGUCUAUUUCUUGAUUAUUUCGUUCUUCUGCCGGCCGAAUACUAUGAGGCGACAAUAUUAACCGAGGACGUGAAUAUUCCCUGUGAAAUUGGUUACAUGGGUCUUUGUCGACACUACGGUUAUCCAAAUCUAACACUCUUUAAUUCCGUUCAAGGAGCCGGUGGAUUUUUGAGCAAAGGCGAUGUUCGUGAAUCCGUCUCUCAUUAUCUCAGUGAUCCGGAAACAUUGGACGAAAUUAAUCAGGAUCAACUUCCUUUGAUUAGAAGCGAUCAGAAUGAACUUCAUUUUGAGAUGAGAAUCACAAAACCAGGUCCUCAUGUUCUAGUGAUUAGUUACUUGACUCCGAGGGAAGUGAAUACAACAUCGACCGUUAUGGUCAAAGCGAAUGCCGAUUGGAAUGGAAAAGCGACUCUCAAUCCUUGCAAGUACACCAGUAUUUGUAGACAAGUUGUCGUCGAUUCGUCCGGAAGAGUAAAAGUCAUGAAUUUCCCGUCAAACUACGUAGGUCUUGUACUUACAGGUGAUGAGAGUACACCGAUUGCAAUAAGUUCCGUUAUCGCCAUACCGGAGGAUGAAUGGUCACUCGACUACAUUAAACCAAAAUCAGCUUGCGUUCGAAAGAACAAAAAAUGUGUUCAAGGCAAUUUCCCCGGUGCGGCAGACGCGAAAAAAAUUGAAUUCGAAUCAGAUUCAAAUCCCGGAUCAACUCCCGAGUGGAUAUCGAACAAGAAUUCAAAAUUCAUCUAUCUUUACGGUGAUAACGCAAUGGCUGAUAUUCACGCAAAAGUUCCCUAUCCAGGAGCUUAUAUUUUCGUGAUACAAUACUAUCAACCCGAUUAUCCGGAAUUCGAUCUUCAGGUUUUGAUUCAAAACGGAAAGUACUAUGAGGCGAAGGUGCCGGUUCCCCAUUGUCCCAGUAGCAGUGGAUGUCGAAGUUUAAUUCGCCAAGCGGACGGUGAGACGAGAUUCGUACUCGAGGAGAAUGUUUCGAUUAAUUUCAACGAGGCGACUGGCAAGGGUAUUUGGAUCGAUUACGUUCUCAUUGUUCCUGCCGAUCAGUACAAUGAGAAUAUUCUCCAAAAAUUACAAUUCGAUCAGACUGAGGAGUUCAUCAAGAAAUGCGGUAGCAAUCAUUUCUUUGUGAAUGUCACCGAGGAGGGUUUGUGUCGUGACGCGACAUUCUCACUGACGACACAUUACAAUAAUCGCGCUCUGCCCUGUCAGUGUGAUAUCGAAGGCACGACAAGUUUCGAGUGCGAGAAAUUCGGUGGACAAUGUCCUUGUAAACCGAAUAUCAUCGGAAGACGUUGCGAGACUUGUAAAACGGGUUUCUACGGUUUUCCGGACUGUAAACCUUGUAAUUGUCCGAGUACAGCGAUUUGUGAACCAGAGAAGGGGGAAUGUAUCUGUCCAUCAAAAGUCACGGGGGAGAAAUGCGAUCAAUGCGAAGUUGGUACUUAUGGUUAUCAUCCAAUUAUUGGAUGUGAGGAUUGUAAUUGUGCUCAUCAAGGUGUUUUGGAUGGUAAUUUACAGUGUGAUCUUCUCAAUGGAAGUUGUAGUUGUAAGGAGAAUGUCGUUGGCAGACGUUGUGAUAAAUGUCUACCGGGAUAUUCACAAUUUCCCCAUUGUGAAAAAUGCGAUUGCGAUAGUCGAGGAACAACUGAGGAUAUUUGCGAUCAAUUCACUGCGGAAUGCUAUUGUAAAACGAAUGUACAAGGUUUGGCAUGCGAUGUUUGUAAGGAGGGGACUUUUGAUUUGCAAACUGGCAAUGAAGAGGGUUGCAGUAAAUGCUUCUGCUUUGGAAAGACAAAUAGAUGUGUGUCGUCAAAUUUGUACAGGACAUUCAUUAUGUUUAUGGAAAAUUGGGAAUCUGUUGCAGUCGUUGAGAAACAUGGGAAUGUGACGAAUUUAGAAUCGUUGGUGAAGAAUGUCAAUGAAACGUCGACGGUUCUUGAUUUUGGACAAAGUGAGACUAUGGAGAAAAUUGUAUUUUUCACGGCGCCGGAAAUUUAUUUGGGUAAGAAAAUCACUUCAUAUGGGGGAUGGUUGAAUUAUACGAUUUUGUAUUCGACGGGACCGUUUGGAAAUGCUGUCGAUGGACCUGAUGUGAUUUUGAAAAGUGGUGAUAUGCUGCUUUUUUAUCAUGCUGAUGAGCAGCCUUAUCAAUUUACGAAUUAUAGAGCGUCAUUGGAAUUGGUCGAGAAGAAUUUCCUGGCUUUGAAUAAAUUGAAAGUGACGAGGGAACAGCUUUUGGUUGUUUUGGAAAAUCUUGAGGGAAUUUAUAUACGGGCGACUUAUUGGGAUCAGAGUCUAACUGCUGUAUUGUCUUAUGUGACUCUGGACACGACGACCACUUCCUACUCGCAUAAUAGUAUUUUAGCGAGUGGCGUCGAGCAGUGUCAGUGUCCGCCAAAUUAUCAAGGACUUUCUUGUGAAGAUUGUGCUCCAGGUUACUAUCGAGUGUCAUCGGGUCCCUAUGGUGGUUAUUGUGUCCGCUGUCAAUGUCACGGACACUCCGACUCUUGCGAUGUCAACACUGGAAUUUGUCACGACUGUAAGAAUGGAACAACUGGAGAUCACUGUGAACUAUGUGAACAAGGAUACUACGGAAAUGCGACAGUUGGAACACCAUCCGAUUGUUUAAUCUGCGCCUGUCCACUUCCAGUUCCCAGCAAUAAUUUCGCAACCGGCUGUCAAGUGAAUGAGGAUGGAAAUAAAAUCAGUUGCGACUGUCUACCGGGAUAUUAUGGAGCACGUUGCGAGGCAUGUUCCGCUGGCUACUACGGACAACCUGACGUCUACAAUGAUUUCUGUAAACCCUGUAAUUGUUCGGGAAAUAUUGACACAAAUGAUAUUGGAUCGUGCGACUCAAUUACUGGCGAAUGUCGCAAUUGUUUGAACAAUACGUACGGCGAGGCGUGCAAUAUUUGCGCUCCAGGUUAUUUCGGCGACGCUGUUGAGAGAAAAGAUUGUCAGAGUUGUAUCUGCGACAAUUGUGGAAUGGAUCAGUGCAAUAAUUAUAAUGGUCGUUGCGAAUGUAAGGCAAAUGUUAUCGGUGACAAGUGCGAUCGUUGUGAGGUCAAUCAUUAUGGUUUUGAUUCAUGUGAUGGUUGCAAGGCCUGCGAUUGUGGACCGGCUUCGGAGAGUUCACAGUGUGACAUGCAAACUGGACAGUGUCGCUGUAAACCCGGAGUGACGGGACGAAAGUGCGAUAAAUGUAUUAAUGGUUAUUGGAAUUAUGGACCUGAAGGCUGUGUCUCUUGUGGGUGUAACACUGGAUAUUCGGUUGGAGUUUCCUGUAACACAUCCACUGGACAAUGUACCUGUCUUCCUGGUGUAAUUGGAGAAAAGUGUGAUCACUGUCCUUAUCGUUUUGUCCUUAUCGAAAAUGAUGGCUGCUAUCAAUGUGACUCUUGUACCGACGAUCUUCUCGAUGUCACAGAUCUUCUUACUGAUACUCUUAAUCCUGUCUUCAACAAUUUCAGCACCGCCGUAGAAAGUUACUUUACAAAUCAACGUUUAAGAUUUUUCAACGACUCGGUCAAUGAAUUGUAUCCUGAGGUUCAACUCCUGGACCCAAGUAAAAUUGACUUUGUCCCAUUGAAAAAGGAUAUUUCGCGAUUAGACGAGGAAGUUAAGGCUCAAAAAAGAAAAGUCGAAUACAUAUCAGACGCUGCUAAUCAAUGGAAGGAGGGAGCGGAGAAUACAUUAAAUGGAAUGAACGAUUUGGAAAAGGAUGUUGCACAGGAAAUUGAACUCGUUAAUGAUAUUGUUGCUGAAAUUCAAUCUCUAGCCUCGAAUAUUCAACUUGGAGCGGGAGCAAAAGUCGAGUACGCAUUACAAGUAGCUGAGGAUAUUUUACAAAAAGUAAAAUCUGUCUCCUUCCAUGAAUUCCGCGAUAAGGCAAAUGAUCAACAGAUUGCCGCGACAAUUCUCAUUUCCGAAAUGAUGGAUUAUACAUCGCCAGUGAAGAAUUUCAGUUCGGAAAUUCAAAAUUUGAAUACGGCAAUGAAAAUGUUGAGUACCAAAAUUGAUGAUCUUCAUAAUUUAGCUGAGAAGGCUGAGGAUUUAAUAAAAAUGGCUUCCAAAUUGAAUGAGGAAAAUAGAAGAGCAGCGGAAACGGGAAAUAUUGAUAAUGUUAAGAAAUUUGCCGAAGAGACGAAUGAUGAUAUUUUAUCAGGAGGAGAUUUAAAUAAACUAGCUAGUGAUGCUCUGAAUAAGGCUAGUCCAAAAAUGAAAGAAUUAGCGAGUGAAUCGGACAGAAUAGGAAAUGAUAUUAAUCAACUAAAUAAUACGUAUUUGGAAAAUGAAAGGGAAAUGCCAUUGAUUUUGGAUUUGAUAGGAAGAGCAAAGAAGCACGCCGAUGAACUUGAUUUGCAUUCUCUAGCGUUGGAUGAUGUUUUAGCGGACACAAGAAACACGGACGCUGUCAAAGCUGUCAGUGUUUAUCAAAAUAUUCAAAAUGCCAUCUCAAAUGCUGAAAAUUCGGCGGCUGAAGCGAUAGAUGCAGCGGAUCAAGCUCUAAGUCAGUCCAGCGGUAUUGAUGAAAAUGCAAGAAACUCUUUCGAGCGUAGCAAAAAAUUAUCAACAGCAGCAUCAGAAUCGGUUAAUAGAACUGAAGGACAAUUGAAUCUCGAUUUAAGUAAUGCUGAAAAAUAUGUCGCCGAUAUUGAGGGAGAAAAUAUAUACAAUAAGGAUUCGCUUGAUGAUAUUGACAGAUCACUGGAAAAAAUUACUUCACAAGGUCCUCUUUUGGUAAUACAAACAGCGUUGAAUAAUGCGGACAAAGUGGAAUACACAAUUCAACAAGCUCUGAACAAUAUGAAUCAUACAGUUCACACGCUACCCUCGGAUUUGAAAACAACAAAACAACUUUCCAAAGAUAUUUCUGAUUCAAUUCACGAAAUUACACAAACUAAUUUCCAUUUGAAUUCGGUCAAUGAUGUUAUUCCAAAUAUGAAUACACUUUUGGAUGAAUUGAAUGUACGGCAAAAUUUAAUUAAUUCAACGGGCAAUGAUUUGUACGAUAAAAUCGAGAGAUUGAAGAGAAAAAUUGAAAAUGCUCGAGAAUUGGCUGAUAGAUUCAAGACUGGAUUGACAUUCUUCAAAAAUACAACAUUGGAAUUGAAAAAUCCCGAGAGUCUUCCAUUAUUAGCGACAUCGACGCAAGUGUCCGUUUAUUUCAGAACAAAUAUUUCGAAUGGUUUUCUUAUGUAUCUCGGUAAUGAGGGAAAAUCAAAACUUCCUCGCACUGGAACGCACGAUUACAUGGCACUCACGAUAGAAAAUGGAUAUCCAGUUUUAUUAAUGGACCUUGGAUCAGGAACGACGAAAAUUGUAAAUAAUAAUAAGACAGUAUACGAUAAUGUUUGGCGACAAUUAAUUGUUGAACGAACCGGCAGAAAUGUAAAAUUGAUUUUACGUGAGGAUGUGGGCGAAGGUAAAGAGAAAAUCUACGUGAAAGAACAAUCACUACCGGGAACAAAUACAGUGUUCAAUUUAGAUCUGAAAAAAUCAAAACUCUUUGUUGGUGGUUAUCCGCCAUCGUUCCAAAUUCAAGACGACGUGACAGUGAAUUAUUUCGAAGGUGAAAUGGAGGAAUUAAUAAUUGGCGAUGUACCGGUAUCGUUUUGGAAUUUCAUAGACGCUGAAAAUAAUUUCCAAAGAGCAUUGGAACGUGAUAAAUUAAUAAACUUAGAAUCAAAUACCGGCUAUCGUUUCGAUGGCAAUGGCUAUGCGAUAAUAAGUAAAAAAAUGUCGCAAUUGCAUAUGAAAAAUUCGGAAUUCAUCAUUAGAAUGAAUUUCAAGACUUUGGAGAAAAAUGGACUUAUGUAUCUUAUGGGAAAGAAUGGACAUUUCUUGUCAAUUGAAAUGAGAAAUGGACAAGUACUUUAUCAGUAUUAUCUUGGAGGUGACAAAGUACAAAUUCGUUCGACUGAUAGGUACAAUGAUGGCGAAUGGCAUACAUUGGAGGCGAUUCGUCAACAUCAAAAGGGAAAUUUGAAAAUCGAUGGCAAAGUUGUUGCCAGGCAUGAUGGAUCCGAUGAAUUUAAAUCGUUAAUGUCGAAUGAUCAACUUUUCUUCGGUGGAUAUCCGCCAAAUCUAACUCAUUCUUAUCCAACGGUCACGCAAAAGGGUUUCGAGGGUUGCAUUGAUUAUGUCAUUAUUCACGAGACUUCCGUUGAUCUCGUCAGAAAUCUUCAGGCGUUUGGAGUUGUUCCUGGAUGUCCCGUUAAGUUUGCCAGCUUGAUUUCUCUGGAACAGGGUAAACCUGCCUAUGUGAGAUUACCGAAUAUAACGAUAGCUAACGAUCUUCAAAUUACACUGAAAUUCAAGACUGUGACGAGCAAUAGUCUCAUUUUUGCAAUUAUGAGCAAGAACGAAGAUGAUGAGACUUUCUUGCACAGUAAUUUGUCUCUGAGGGAUGGAAUUUUAGUUUUUACGAGUGUGGAUAAUGUUGUGACUAGCAGUCAAGUUGGUACGAAAUUCAAUGAUAAUGAGUGGCACGUUGUCACUGCUACACUCGACGACAGAGCGAUUGCCCUCGACAUUGAAAGAAUUGACACCUACGAUACGGACAAUUAUAAUUCUAGAGGACCACCAUUUAAUAUUAAAUCGGCUUUCAUAUAUCUUGGAGGUAUGCCAAAUCAUUUCCCAUGGGCAUCUUCUUCUGAAUCUUUUACUGGUUGCAUUGGUGACGUCACUGUCAAUGGAAUUAUCAUCAAUUUUGCUAAUAUCACCGAUAGACCGAAUACUAUUCUCAACAAAUGCCGAGGUGGCGAACCAUCUGGAUUACCCAAGGCUCCGGAAGAUAAUUGGCCCCUCCCUCCACUGCCGAUUGACAAUGAAAAUUACACAGACAUCACAGAAAACAGUAUCGUGGAUAUAAAUCCAGAGAAUGUUGAACCUGAUCCAGCAACUGCGAAACCAAUAGAGGGUCGACACAAUGAGAAAGUUAAUAAUGUUGACGUUAAGGAAAGUGAAGAAGAAGUUAUUAAUACUACGCCUAUUAUCACCACCAAGAGUACAACACCAUUUAUUCCGGUUUAUGUGGACGAAUGUCGACUACCAUUUGAGCCGGCUGUCGAUCCUGAUGGCACCAUGGGAUGGAGAUUUGGUACUCAAAAAGACAGCAGAAGAGAAUAUAGUUCAAUCAAUGGUCGAUAUAAGUAUGACUUUGAUUUCCAAAUAAACAUCAAGACAAUAGAAGACGAGGGAUUAAUUUUCUACGCUUCUGGGCAGAAUAAUGACGACUUGAUUGCUCUUUUUAUUCAGCAAGGAAAAGUGAACUUUAAAUUCGACUGCGGAAGUGGACCAGUAUUAAUAAUAAAUCCAGUGAAGAUAAACGAUAAUCAAUGGCACACUGUUCAAUUUAAACGAGAGCAAAAUUAUGGUGAAUUAAUUGUGGAAGAUACAAGAGCAACAGGUGUUAUGCAACAGGGAGAAGUUGAAAUUGAUGUAAAUCCACCGUUCUACUUGGGAGGUGUAAUUCCAGAAAAAUCAUCUCGAGUCUUCAAAUCUUUGGGAAUGAAUAAAUCAUUUGACGGCUGCUUGAACAAUUUCAUGAUUAACGGCCUUCCAGUCGGUACACCGGCCGAAGAAAUCGGUCUAAUUCCAUGUUCAAAGAAAAUUGAACCCGGAAUAUUCUUCUAUCCUUCCAACAAUGGCAGCAAUUUCUUCAAACCUGUUGAAACAUUUUCUGUGAGUAAAACAAUGGACAUUCAAAUGGACAUAAAACCACGUUCGUCAAGCGGUCACUUAUUAUCGGUCCAUGGAAAGAAGGACUUCUUGAUUUUGGAAAUGGUCAGCGGCACUAUUAGAUUUAUGAUUAAAUCAAAUAAAGGACAAACUACAAUCGAAACAUCAUUCAAACCACCAUAUCCAAAUUCUCUCUGUGAUGGAAAUUGGCACAACAUUCGAGCAAUCAAACAAAAGAAUGUACUAUUGCUGUCAGUGGAUCAUAAAGCAGCAUCACCUGGAAUUGGACUUAAAAAUUCUGCCGUUGUCAGUACAAAGAGUCCAAUAUUCAUUGGAGGCCAUGUGAGACUUCAAUUACCAUUAAGAGGAAGUACUGCUCAAGCACAAUACGUUGGUUGCAUGAAUAAUAUUAUGAUUGAUAAUGUUCCAAUUAAAUUCGAUCCUAGUCGUACAAAUGGCAAAGUUACAACAAAUGUCUGCUCAACUAUUUAGAAACAAAAAGAAAAGAAGAAACCUAAGAUAAUUCUUGUGAAUACAUAUUUUUUCUAUAUAAUAAAUUUAUAGUAUUCAAUUUUCAAAGUAAAAUUCAAAAAUAAGUUUUAUUAAUUAAAGAAAAAAGACCUACGUUUAAAGAAAUAAAUUUAUUUAA